AGCUUGUGGCUAAGAUUAUAAGUUUAUAACACAUACUGAAUUACCUUAUAAUUACAGCAAUAACCAGGAAGGAGAGGGGAAAAAAAAAAAACAAAAGUAGGAACAUACACAUUACAAAAUGCUGAUGUCUCUUUUCCUGUUUCUCUUGCAGCUGCACUCACUGCAGUUAGCAGCAGCAUCCAUUGCCAAACCUAAUUGCCCAGAAAAAUGCGGUAAUGUCUCAAUUCCAUAUCCUUUUGGAAUCGGUAAUAAAUGUUACUACAGUAAGUCUUAUGAAAUCAUUUGUAGUCAUACCCACAAACCAUUCCUAAAGAAGUUCAAUCUAGAAGUGAUGAAUAUAACACUGGGGCAAGGCUUUGAAGGGUCAGGCCAAGGACUACUUGUAAGGACUGAUGUCCAUAAUACAAAUACAUGCAGGUCUAAUUCCAGCAUUGAUUUUGGUGGAAGUCCAUUUUCUUUCUCUUAUUAUAAUUCUCUUGUCAUGAAAGGUUGUAGUGGCAGUGUUCUUUUACGAGAUAGGAGUGGAGAAAUCUUGGCUGGUUGUGCUGCCGUUUGUGGAAUACAUAAUACUGUUGAUUUAUAUGGGGUUGGAGUCUGUCAAGCCUCGUUAUUAUCCAGAUACUUUGUCUUUGAGUUUUAUGAGUUGGAUCUUGAUGUUGGAGCAGAUUAUACUUGCAGCGAUGUGAGAAUAGGAUUAAUGGACAGGGGUAGCUUCUCAGUAAACGAGCUCUCCAAAACUACAGUACCAACAGCACUAAAUUGGGAUGGCCCAGCUUCAUAUAUACAGGACAAUUCCGCAGUUGAUCAUCCCAAUUUUAAGUGUGAUAAGGAAGGAAAUUGUUACUGCAAAUUUCCCUAUGAAGGAAGCCCCUAUCUUCUAGAAGGAUGUCAAUUUUUGGAGAAAUGUAGGAAGUGCAGGUAUGGUUGUGAUAUUAGGGGAAUUGACUUUCGGGAAAAUCACUAUUACUGCAAGAAAAAUCCAUGGUUCAAGUGGCAAUCAAUACUGGGAUUCAGUUUAGGCAUGGGAUUAAUGGUGUUGCUCUUUGGUAGCUAUGGGCUCUAUAGAGUAGUAAAGAAAAGGAGAGAGAUUCGAAAUAAAUUCAACUACUUCAGGAGAAACGGUGGCUUGCUGUUGCAACAAUCAUGUUCUAGUGAGGGUGCCCAGAGUACGAAAGUUUUUCUUGUCACAGAGUUGGAGAAGGCCACUGACAAUUUCAACAAAAACAGAAUCCUUGGUCAAGGAGGCCAAGGCACGGUUUAUAAGGGUAUGUUAAAGGAUGGGAGAAUCGUGGCCAUUAAGAUGUCUAGAAAAGUAGAUGAGAAUCAGUUAGAACAAUUCAUCAAUGAAGUAGUAAUUCUAUCCGAAAUUAAUCAUCGGAAUGUGGUCAGAUUACUGGGUUGUUGUUUAGAGACAGAAGUUCCUCUGCUCGUGUAUGAGUUUAUUCAAAAUGGGACACUUUAUGAGCAUAUUCAUGAUGCAAGUGGAGAUUUUCAUGUUACUUGGAAAAUGCGUCUACAAAUGGCAGCAGAAUCAGCUGAUGCUAUAGCAUACCUGCAUUCAUCUUCAUCUGCCCCUAUUUAUCACAGAGACAUUAAGUCCGCAAACAUACUUUUGGAUGCUAAAUUUAGAGCCAAAGUUUCAGAUUUCGGGGCCUCAAGAGCCAUUGACAUUGAACAGACACAUGUGACUACAUGUGUUAUUGGGACGUAUGGUUAUUUGGAUCCAGAGUACUUCCAGUCAAAUGUGUUCACUGAGAAAAGUGAUGUUUACAGUUUCGGGGUAGUCCUUGUUGAGCUUAUAACUGGCAAAAAACCAAUUUGCCCAACCAAUGAUGGGGGAUGGAUUAGUUUAGCUGUUGAAUUUCUGUUCCACAUGGAAAAUUCUCGUCUCUUUGAUAUUUUGGAUCCUCGGAUUUUAGAUGAGGGAAAGAAGGAAGAGUUUGCUGCUGUUGCUAACCUUGCAAGACAAUGCUUAAAAAUGAAUGGAAAAGAAAGGCCUACUAUGAAAGAAAUCGCGAUUGUGCUAGAUAAGAUCAGGUCAUCCCAUGUGCCUUAUUCAACAGCACCAAACUCUAUGGUUGGUAAGGAAGUGAUGAUGGAAAUGAGUGAUAAUAAGCAUGGUGCUUCUUCAAGUACAAGCUCAUUCUAUCCCGGUGUUGGCACAAGUGCUUCCUCCAAUGUUGUCCAACGAGCUAUGGCACAUACAUUAUGAUGUAAGUUUUUUGAAAAUUAUAGCUAAGGAAGGUUUCAUGAAAUUAUAAUCAUAGCAAAAUGGAAUUUAUAUUUCUGAGCAUGUAUUUUGCUAGGAUGACCUUAACUAGUAAUCUUUCUUUUUUUUGGUAGCUGAACUAGUAAUCUAUUUUUCAAACUUGUGCACUGUAAUACUGUUAAAAACUUUGUGGUGUCAACAUGUAGCUGAUUGUGAACGGAAUGUAUUGAGGAAGGUCGUUGUGAUAUGAAGAUAUCUACUGUAUUUUUCUGUAA